GGAGAGGGUCUUCGCUGCAGCCUGCGGAAAGGGGCGGUGACGGACCACUGUCAGUCUCAUACCUUAUAUGGAAAUUGGACUAUUACAUUCCGGAAAUGAAGGGGGCGCUAUUUUCACAGUCACUAGUAUAAAUACCUUAAAGAAGCGGGGUAAGAAGUUUGAGAGGUUUCACCACUGACAUUUGCCACGCGAUCCACAAUGCAAAAACCAGGAAGUCAGCAAAAGAUGCACGUAUCAAUUUGUAACACUGGGAUCGGAGCUAAAAUUGUUCCGUACUGCAUGAACAACAAGUACUACUGUCCCCUUUGCUCAUACAGUGCGGAUGAGUCUUACAAGGUUAAGAACCACAUUGCAAGAACUGCUGUGGUUCAACAUAACGAAUUCCAUAUCUUCAGAUGUGGCCUACCAUGUAGAGACACCACUCACUUCCAUUGUCCUUACUGUUUUUCCACCAUUGACAGAAGGGACAGGUUUGUUAAUCAUUUGGUUAAUCACAGAAUGACUUUUCACAUGGUGUCCAGCUGUGCAGCAGCCCAGCCACCUGUCCACCUACCAGCUACAGACAUCCAGGCUACACAGGCGCCUGUCCGUCCAGCAGCUACAGACAUCCAGGCUACACAGGCCCCUGUCCGUCCAGCAGCUACAGACAUCCAGGCUACACAGGCGCCUGUCCGUCCAGCAGCUACAGACAUCCAGGCUACACAGGCGCCUGUCCGUCCAGCAGCUACAGACAUCCAGGCUACACAGGCGCCUGUCCGCUCAGAAGAUAUGAUUACAUGUGAAAUGUGCAAUCUGCGCCUGAGAAAAAAGAAUCUUCGUAUUCAUUUGAAAAGAAAACACCAUGAAAAAGUGGAGCUGAUUUCACAAAAUCAUCAUUUAAGGAGUCAGUGUGUGGAUGCAAAAAAAGGUGUUUUUGCUGUUCAGAAAUCCUUUUGUGGUCCAUCAAAACCUAUACAUGUAAUCAAAAACACCUGGUCACAAUUUCACAGAUCAGAGUGUGAGCUUGACAGGUGUAAUGUGAAUGCACAAUUUGCCAAGCGAAGUGGGAUUUUGCCUUUUGAGUGUGAACACAUUCAAUCAUUACGCUUUUGUCCACGCGCCACAGACUCAGAAGGACCUCUGUCUGAAACUACCCUCAACAUCCUGGUUGACAACUUAUGGUUCAGUGUUAAAAGAAAAGAAGAACUUUUAAAAAAUCAGCAAGAGGCGCUAUCAAGUAAUACGCCGUUUUCAGUUCUUCUUUUUGGCAGUGGGACAGACACAACUUUUCACGUGUCUAUCUUUGAACCAAAAAUGGCAUUUUUCAGCAGACUUGGAAGGGUGAUUGUCACUUACGACAAAGGAAAAAAUACCUGGCAUUGUGCAUGUACAGAGGGCAAAAGGUCCUGUACGCACAAGGCUACGGCAAAGUGGCAUCUUUUUGAAAAAAUGCCAGACAUGUUCAAAGCAGCAGUACAUUCAGAGGAGGAUGUUAUGUGUGGGACAACAGUAUCAGAAUGUCAGGAGGAAAGUGGUUCCAUUACUGAUGAUGCAGCAGAGAGGAUAAUCAAGUAUUUGAUUUACCACAAGAAAAUACCUGCUGAUCUUCCUGACAGUCUUAUCACCAGAAGUAGAGACGCCAAGUCUCUCAAUGGGUUCCCCAAACAUCUGAUCCCAUCAGAGACUGAAUGCACAGAAUGUGGACAGCACGCCAGUCUUGGUGACCCUCAGUUGUUGUCUUCCACUGCUAAAAUAGUGACUCUGACAGGAGUAGUUAAAGGUAUAUCAACAUACAGGAAGACUUGCCCCAACUGUUCGAUGGUUUACCGAUAUCAAGACUGGGAAGAUGGUAUUCACAACUUCAACGAUCACUUGCUGCUGUCCAUACAUUUUUGUCUGGUACUGAGGAAUGCAUUGCAGACUCACACUGCUGUAAGUCGCAUAAUCGAAACUAUCGAAUACACAGAAGGAGAGAACUUUCCUUUCAAGGAUCGAAUCCUGCAGGCAUAUCUGUCGUUUGAAGGUCUAAGUGACCAUGAUUACCAAUACUCAUGUGAUUCAUGUGGGUAUCAUCCUGCAAUUGUUGUCAUGGAUCUACAUAAGAAAGGUGUUUUCAGCAUGCCAGUUAGUGAAAUACCAAACCCACCUCAGCAAUAUAAUGGCGAAGUUAAUGCGCGCUCAUUUUGGGAAGCGGUUACUAUGGAAGUGAUUAGCCGUGGACUUUAUCCACCUGGCUGCAAGAAUCCUUUUGUUGUAAAGCCUACUUAUCACAACUGGUCCCCCUGGAUUGGACCACAGACAAGACGAUCUGACAUUUUGAUCAACACAGAGAGUGAAAAAGUCCACUUGCCUGAUUCCGACAGUGAUGUAGACCAGUUUCUCACAGAAGAGCGGCUUGCAGAUGAGGUUCUCAAUCUCAAGCUACCUGAGAUCAGGAGACUCUGCAGUCAAUGUGGAAUUGACAGCAGAGGUUCUAAGAUGGAUCUUGUGCUCCGUCUGCGGGACAAAAUGGCUUCUAGAGCCACAUAUAACAAGGUUUUUGAGAAAGUGUGGGGUGCCUCUGGUGGAUGGGCUGUAAUCACUUGUCCCUGUGGCAUUAUUUAUUCUGUAAAGUUUAACCUGAGAGCGGAGAGCCCUAGAGACUUUGCAGACCUUCUUUUAUCCUGGAAGUUUUUUCCCAAUAUUACAGUGUAUGACUACCCCAGGGGAUUGGUAAGUCAUCUAAAGAAGAGGUGUGCUAAGGAUACCCCAUUUACCAUCCACGAUGGUAGAUUGGUUGAGGCCACCCCUGAAAACAUAAGACAAGCUACUGAAAAAAAACUUGCUGUAAACUUACCCUGGUUGAAGCACAGGAAAGAACCAGAAGACAAGGGAGGGCAUCCUGUCACUGGCUCAUUAGAGCAUUAUUGUCUGAGUGACGUUUUCCACCAAGGCAAUAGUAAGGAUGAGAAGGAUGUCUUGCGGAAGAUUGAGAUGGUUCCAGAACUGGCAGGAAGAUUAAACAGCCAGUGUGCAGAGCAACUAUUUGCAGGCAUGAGGAAAAAUAACUACUUCCUGAAUAUGCUCAACCCAUCCACGCACAUCUUUCUGCAAAGAAACAUCCUCCACCAUUUCAAUCUUAGGAAGAACACAAAAACCAAACAAAACAUUCUAAAAGUUGCGGGGCCGCAUGCAAAUUUGGUCCUAGACAAAAAUGGAUGCAUCAUAAUGGGCUGUGAGAAAAACCAGCAACAUGCUUGCAGUUUGGAAGCCAGCGUUAUUCAAACUCACCAAUGUUCUCUUGAUGACUCUUUGACAAGCUUACAAACAACUGGAGCAAAUAAAUUCACCUGGACUCAAAAGCCUAAUAACACAGAAAUUACUUUGCUUGCUCAAGUAUUGGACCAAACCAGAGAUCCAGCUGAAUAUGUUGCUUGUGUUGAUGGGCAGGUCCUCACCAGAGGAGACAUGUUCACUCUUGGUUUAUCGCAAGACAUGAAUGGGCAGAUUCUGAACUCCUGUCUGAAAGUUGUUGAAAGAAUGUGCAUCAACAAGGGCAUCAAAGUUUUUGCAGGAAACAGUCAUGUAGUCCACACCUGGUUUCCACCUCUUUCCCUUGACCCAGCACAACACCUACCACCGCAGGCACAAGAUCUGGACUGGGUUCUGAUUCCUGUGUGGCAUCCUGGACAUUGGACACUAUGCAUUCUGAAGCCUAAACAUAGGGAGAUUUUCUUCCUUGAUUCUAUCAAUGGCACUGGCUUCACUGAUGAAAACCGCAUCAGAACAUUAAGAGAAGUCUGUCUUCAGAUGUCAUCUGGUCCAUGGACAGAAUUUGUUGGCAACGAUGUUGAGGGAUUGCCGAAACAAGGACUGUCCAACAACUGUGGAAUGUUUGUAGUGAUGUAUGCACUGUACUUUGUGAUGGGAGCAUCAUUUGAUUUCAGCGAGAAUGAUAUGAUGACAAUACGAAGAUGGUGGUCUCUCACUCUCUUGACAAACUUCCCUGUGAAGUCCAGAGAAGAACUGCAAAAGGAGAGAAAGCGGAAAAAAGUUGAGGAAAGGGAAAAAUGUGAGACUCUGUUUGCUGAUGACCACAACUAUGCCAAAGCAACCGAGGCACAAAUUGAGGUACAAAGUAUACCGCCAAUCUUACAGAUGCCUUUGAUUGUCCUGGAAGCUAUUCUCCAGGAGGUAAUACUGGCACAGGGAGACACAGCUUACCUCACGUUGGCAUUGACAUGCAAGUCCUUUGAAGCCAUUGUGUCUGACCCAGUGUUCAGGAAGAAGACUCACUUUGCUUGGUUGGAUGGUGAGAUCAACUGGGAAAAUUUUUCUGAAUCAUUCAAGGCAGAAAACAGGAUUCCUUUUGCGGUUAUCCAAUGUUCUUCCUGUAACCGGCAGUAUAAAGACUCUGUGGGCUUCACCGGGCAUGGAAGACGAGGAGAGUUCCCUCGUUACUAUUGUGAUGGCAUACCUGGACACUGCCCUGAAUGCCAGUACUAAAUGCAAGGAAGAUAUUAGUUUUUUUUCUUUUUUUUUUUAUGAUGAAGCACAUUUGCCUUUUUUCUUGUUCAGUCAUUUGUUUUUGAAAUAUGUUAAUAAAAUAUUAUGUACAUUUUUGAAUGUUACUUUUGUUGUAACUCAUUUGAUUGAAAUUAUUUAGUUUUUAUAGAAAUGGUGUCAUUUCCACACAGUUACAUUGUGGCUGUAUUUUGUUGUAGAGUAGAGCCAAUAAAAUGGUUGUAAAUAUA